UCCACAAGUUUUUUUUCAUCAAAAGCAGACAAAAAGAAAGUCCGUUGCUUGGUUGCUUAGCAACGCAAAAACAAAUAAAAGCUAUUUUUCCUCUGUUUUUCACAAAAUUUAGUCACUAAUUUUAGUUAAAAUGACUUCCUACUUCGUUUCCCAGUUUAAGAUAAACGGAGUUCCUAUCCUUCCUCCGGCGAUGACGCCGGAAGUGAUUGCCGAAGUGGCAGAGUACCGCCGUCGGGCUGUCAAAGUGGAAAAUCGCGUGCGAGAGUUCAAAGCGGCAAAAGCCGCCAGUUUAGCAAUUCCGGACAGCCCCCCUCAAACAGCUGUGGCCAAAAGCGACGAAUCUCCCGCGCGGUCCAACCGUCGAAAUUCCUUCACGCUGGAGGCUCCCAGUCCUGGUUUGCCCAGUCUGCCUCACUUUGGCUCGCCGGUUCAUGAACCAUUGAAGGCAGAGCCGGCCGGAGCGGAAUGUUCGGACGAAUCUCCUAGACCACGGAUCAUCCGGUCCAACUCGUACACGCUGGAAAGUCCUAGCCCGCUGCUGAUGCAACACAUCCAAAACGAAAGUUUGAACAUCAAAAUGUCCUCGUCGAUGAGUGAAAUCCGGCGAGAGGAACCAACGAUGACGGUGGUGGGCAAGUCCCACGUGAAGCGUUUGAAAUUCGAGGGAGGUGUUGAUCAGCAGCAGCCGACGGUACCGGUGAAUUCCGCGCUCGAAAUUGAGCCACAAUACUCCACAACUUCAUGGCCAAAUAGUGACUGCCAGCUACACGUUCAAAAAAUCCAGACCGAGCACCAGCAACGCAAGGCCGCGCUUUUGAAACGCCAACAAGAGGAGCAACUUGCCUUGCAGGAAAGAUUCCGAGUCCAACAGGAAGAGCUCAUGACGAUGCUUCUAGAUUCCGAGGCAGUUCUCGAUGAAAUUCACACUUCCACACCACUUCCAACAAGCCCGAACGAAUCGACCGUUGAGAACGAUGAAGAUUCGCCUGCGCUGCAGUCCUUUCGCAAGUUAAAUAUUAGCACGAAGCAGUUUAGUCACAGCAACCAAUCACAAUCCAGCAUCGACAACUUGUCCUCCAGCCAAACGCUUCUUUUUUCAUCCAACGCAAGCCGAACGAACAGCGAUUUUGAAGAUUCCAACGAACUGUUCAAAACAUGCAACAACGACACGAACGACAUCAACGGUAACAUUCAGUUGGAAGGCAUUCGAAGCUAUGCGGAAACGAUUAAGAAAACGCUCCUCGAUCGUGACCUUUGCGAACUGACUCAGUUUGAUCGUCUUGGCGAACCCGGUGAUUUGGUGCGCCGUCAGGCAGCGUCCGUUAUCAACGCGUACGCUCGAGGCUACCUCACCAGACGCCUUUUCCAAACGGAACGCGUCCAGAAGGUGAUACAGGUGAUUCGCGACACGCUCCUCUUCAUACUGGACCUGCACCACGAAAGUACGGGCCGGCAGCAGAUUCGUAGUCCAGCGGAUUUACAGCUGAAGCGUACGCUGCUUCACCAGCUUACUUCUGCUUGCUAUCAGCUGCACGAGAUCUUUUUCGGAAUACCGGUUUGCAAAAGAAUGGAAAUUAUACGCGCCGAUCGGGAGAAUCUGCGGCGCAAGCUGGAGAAUCGACCAUGGACGGCCAGUUCGGAGCGAUCGAUUCGGUCAGGAUCUUCCAGCAAGUCGCAAAAACAAAACAGCUUCCGAAAGCUGCAAAAGUGUUCAUUGUACUCGGUGAACAUUGAAGGUACUCAAUCGUUGGACAAUAACAACGGUCCUGAAGAAGACAACGAAUCGCUGCGCCAUCAGCCAACACAACCACAAGUGCCUGAGUUUCAACCGAGAUCGUUCCGUCCAUCACCGGUCAUUGCGGAAUCGCCACUUAAUCUGUCGGACAACCUCACCAAAGCGGUCGUGACUCGGCUGGUAAACCAGGUCAAAAGUGCUGCCGCAAACCAACAGCUGCGACCCAAAACUACGGGAGCGACCAAUCGCACCAAAAACAACACCUCUUGGGAACAACGUCAUUUUUAACAAGCCAUUUUACUCUUCUCAAAGUUAGCGUUUAUUGCAUUCUUUAUACAACAUUAGAUAAAAAUACGUACGACAGGGGCCAGUUGGCAAACGAUACAUGAGAAUAAACUUGUUGCAAACGUGA